AUGCUUCCACAGGGAUCAUCAUUCCUUCAACAGCCCUCAUACGCCAUUGGCAAGAAGCGGUCUCACGAGGAGGCUGCACAUAACCUCGAGCCGGACGUGUCAAACUGCAUUUCCCAGAAUGGUUGGACGAAUGGUGAGGGAAUCUUGCUCGUUAGACCUUGUGCGGUUUCUAUUCUUGAAGCAGAUAUCCCUUCAGGUAUUGAGCUUGACGACGUGAUCACUGAACAGGAAGGGAAUGGAUUACCAAAUGGUCGACAACUAAGAAAUUAUAAGUCUCAGAGGCUUCUCAAUGGGAGCGACCACGCAUCAUCUAGCAAAACGACAGCGGCGAUGACAUCGACAAGCUCGGAUGUUCCAGAAAGCGGUGUUCAUGACGAUGUAGUCAUCGACCAAUUUACACUUCACCUUGGAAUUGGCUGGAAACAAAUCAAAGAUGGUGACCAUAUCCAAGCUGCUGCGAGGGGCUGGGCACGGUUUAUUGAGAAUAACUUUCCUCUCACUAACGUUAAUAUCCUGCUUGAAAGCAAGGGCCUGCAGUCAUAUCUGGUCGAGUCAACGGAGGGCUUCUACCUCUUCACAGAAAACUUGCGUCAGGGACAGCUAGUCAGUAGGCAUGCUGCUGGGGCAAUACAAAAUUUACAAACUAACCCACCAAAAUUUGAUACAAAAGAUAUAUUAAGAAUUUAA